UCAGCCUCACAACCACAAGGAACUGAGUUCUGCCAACGACCUCAGUAAGGCUGACAGCGGAUUCCUGCCCAGAAUUUCCAGACAGAAACACAGCCCUUGAGGUUCUAACCUCUGACAAUCAUGAUUCUACUUUCAUCGCUAUGAUUUUGACUACUCUCAGUACUUCAGGUUUUGAGUGUGGGGUUCUACUGUUCUCAUAGAGUCACCUAGGAAGACUUCAUAUCUGCUGGGUAGAAGUUAUUACUGAAGGAGGAAUGACAAAGAGCUGCAAUGACACUUCCAGGAGCAAUAGGUUGACGAUGUGUCAAACUGUGUAAGGGACUCGCAUGGACAUGGGCAAUCCGAACUGUUAAUGGGGACAUGGGACUCCAGUUGCCUCUGAUCUCUUGUGUGGAUUUUCCCGGUGUGGGACGACAGAAGCCACUGGUGAAGUCGCCGACACCUACAGCAGAAACUCUGCGCAAAAGGGUAUCCAACUUUGCUAUUUUAAUUUGCAUCUGAGAGAAUGUCUGAGCAAGGGGACCUGAGUCAGGCCAUAGUGGAGGAAGCAGGGGCCGAGCAGGAAACGACCACUCCGGAGAAUGGCAUCGUCAAGUCGGAGAGCCUGGACGAAGAGGAGAAGCUGGAACUGCAGAGGCGGCUGGCGGCUCAGAACCAAGAGAGAAGAAAAUCAAAGUCAGGAGCGGGUAAAGGUAAACUGACUCGCAGUCUCGCUGUCUGUGAAGAAUCCUCAGCCAGACCCGGAGGGGAAAGUCUCCAGGAUCAGGAAUCAAUUCAUUUACAGCUUUCCAGUUUUCCCAGCCUGCAAGAGGAUGAUAAAUCUAGGAAAGAUGACUCUGAAAGAGACAAAGAAAAGGAUAAAAACAAAGAUAAAACCUCUGAAAAACCCAAGAUCAGAAUGUUGUCAAAAGAUUGCAGCCAGGAGUACACGGAUUCUACAGGCAUAGACUUACAUGAGUUUCUGAUUAACACGUUGAAGAAUAAUUCCAGGGACAGGAUGAUACUCUUGAAAAUGGAGCAGGAAAUUAUGGAUUUCAUUGGCGACAACAAUAAUCACUACAAAAAGUUCCCUCAGAUGUCAUCCUAUCAGAGGAUGCUCGUCCAUCGUGUGGCAGCUUACUUCGGGUUGGAUCAUAAUGUGGAUCAAACAGGGAAGUCUGUUAUCAUCAACAAGACCAGCAGCACAAGAAUACCAGAGCAAAGGUUUUGUGAACAUUUAAAAGAUGAAAAAGGUGAAGAAUCCCAGAAGCGGUUUAUCUUGAAGCGAGAUAACUCUAGUAUUGAUAAAGAAGACAAUCAGCAAAACAGAAUGCAUCCAUUUAGAGAUGACAGACGAAGUAAAUCAAUUGAAGAGAGAGAAGAGGACUAUCAGAGAGUGAGGGACAGAAUAUUUGCGCACGAUUCAGCUUGCUCCCAGGAAAGCCUUUUUGUGGAAAACAGUAGGCUCUUGGAAGACAGUAACAUAUGCAAUGAGACCUAUAAGAAAAGACAGCUCUUUCGGGGCAACAGAGAUGGCUCAGGGAGAACGUCCGGGAGUCGGCAGAGCAGCUCGGAGAAUGAACUCAAGUGGUCCGACCACCACAGGGCCUGGAGCAGCACCGACUCGGACAGCUCCAACCGCAAUCUCAAGCCCGCCAUGACCAAGACGGCGAGUUUUGGGGGCAUCACGGUGCUGACCAGGGGCGACAGUACUUCCAGUAGCAGGAGCGCCGGGAAGCUGUCCAAAACAGGUUCGGAGUCCUCCAGCAGCGCAGGCUCCUCAGGAUCGCUGUCCCGCACCCAUCCGCCUCUCCAGAGCACACCCCUGGUCUCCGGCGUGGCGGCCACUUCUCCUGGCUGUGUGCCCUAUCCGGAGAAUGGAAUGGGAGGCCAGGUUGGUCCCAGCAGCACCAGCUACAUCCUCCUCCCACUGGAAGCUGCCACCGGCAUCCCGCCUGGAAGCAUCCUUCUUAAUCCACACACAGGCCAGCCCUUUGUGAAUCCCGACGGAAGCCCGGCCAUAUACAACCCCCCCGGCGGUCAGCAGCCCCGACGGCAGCCGUCCCCGCAGCCGCAGCCGCCGCUGGCGGGCCCCCUGGUCACUCAGGGGCUGCCAGCUUCCUCCCAGUCAGUGCAAUACCCAGCAGUCUCUUUUCCUCCCCAGCAUCUCCUGCCUAUGUCUCCAACGCAGCAGUUCCCCAUGAGAGAAGACGUGGCGACACAGUUCGGCCAGAUGAACUUGAGCAGGCAAUCCUCAGGAGAGACUCCUGAGCCCCCAGCCGGCCCUGUCUACCCGCCGUCCCUCAUGGCGCAACCGAGCCAACAGCCCAGCUACGUCAUCGCCUCCACAGGCCAGCAGCUCCCUACAGGAGGAUUCUCAGGCUCCGGACCUUCCAUCUCCCAACAAGUCCUCCAGGCCCCGCCCUCGCCGCAGGGAUUUGUGCAACAGCCUCCACCUGCACAGAUGCCCAUAUAUUAUUACCCAUCUGGUCAGUACCCUACCUCAACCGCGCAGCAGUACCGGCCCAUGGCCUCUGUUCAGUACAGUGCUCAGAGGGGUCAGCAGAUGCCGCAGACGGCACAGCCAGCAGGUUACCAGCCGGUCUUGUCUGGUCAACAGGGGUUCCAAGGCCUAAUGGGAGUGCAGCAGCCACCUCAGGGCCAGAGCGUCAUGAGCAACCAGCCAGGAACUCCGGUGCAAAGUGUGAUGGUCUCCUACCCAACAAUGUCUUCUUAUCAGGUGCACGUCAGCAGCUUGGAAAUCCUGGGUUCUCAAGUAGCACUUGCCAAAGAAGAGGCUGUGGGUGCGUCCCCAUGCCGGGUGCCAAUGACCCAGGGUUCUCAAGGACUGCCCCAGCAGUCAUACCAACAGCCAAUCAUGCUGCCUAAUCAGACAGGUCAAGGGUCACUCCCAGCCACUGGAAUGCCUGUUUACUGUAACGUCACACCGCCGACCCCUCAGAACAACCUUCGGCUGAUUGGCCCACACUGUCCCUCCAGCACUGUCCCCGUGAUGUCGGCGAGCUGCAGGACAAACUGUGCGAGUAUGAGCAACGCCGGGUGGCAGGUCAAAUUCUGAGAGCUGUGGUGCAUUUCCCCCGACAUUACUCAUGGCCUUUAAGGGGAAAGGAGCAAGGUGGGAAACUGGCUGAGGACUUACAUCCACGUGAUUGCUGCUGGUAUUCUGUAAAAAACAAAGACUAAUCCACACAUUAGCUGGUCAAUGGUGCAUAUUCCUGUCAUGUCUGCUAGGUAUGCCUUUAGAGCUUAGCUAGUGACAUGAAUUCAUCAAGGUAAGAUUUUCUCCUACCACUGAAUACCACUGUGUAGACUACACUGUCCCUAAUUUGGAUUAUUAGUUUUGUACUUUGUGUUGAGUUUGUGAUGCUAAAAGUAUUUAAAAAUUAUAUACUGAACUCCUAUUGUACCAAAGCUGUAAUGGAAAAGCAAAGAAUUGAUGAAUGGAUGGAA